AUGCCCUCCACUGUGCGGGUGGGCAGUCUGAAGGACCCGGAGGUAGCUGAGCUGUUUUUCAAGGAAGACCCCGAGAAACUGUUCUCUGACCUCCGAGAGAUAGGACAUGGCAGCUUCGGAGCCGUCUACUUCGUAUGUACACACACACAAACACACACACAUCACACACACACAAACAUACACACACACACAAACAUACACAUCACACACACACAAACAUACACACACAAACACACACAGAUUCCUGUGCUGUAAUAGUCCUGCUGUUCCACAUGUGUGUUCUGUCUGUGUCUAAGGCCUGUGUGUUCUCUGUCUGUGUCUAAGGCCUGUGUGUUCUCUGUCUGUGUCUAAGGCCUGUGUGUUCUCUGUCUGUGUCUAAGGCCUGUGUGUUCUCUGUCUGUGUCUAAGGCCUGUGUGUUCUCUGUCUGUGUCUAAGGCCUGUGUGUUCUCUGUCUGUGUCUAAGGCCUGUGUGUUCUCUGUCUGUGUCUAAGGCGCGGGAUGUGCGAACUACUGAGGUGGUGGCCAUCAAGAAGAUGUCCUAUAGCGGGAAGCAGUCCAACGAGGUGAGACGGACUACAACACAUUACUUCCUUUCUGUCUUUAUUAAGUUUAUUUCAACCAGGACAACAAGUCUCAGACGGUACACUUGGGAAAUGAUGCGCUGCACCAGAUUGAGUUCACACACUCAGAUAGAAAUAUGUGAGCUGAACACAUUGUGUCACACUCCAAGGUCACCCCAUGGCACUCAGACACACUCACUCUCGCCUCGCUCUCCUCCUAAUUUCAGAUUAGCUGUAAUCAGAUUACACCUAAUCUGUGUAGGAAGAAAACCACCCCAGUAGACAGACAGACAGACACAUCGUUCAGUAUGUACAGUGGGGGAAAAAAGUAUUUAGUCAGCCACCAAUUGUGCAAGUUCUCCCACUUAAAAAGAUGAGAGAGGCCUGUAAAAAAAAAUCCAGAAAAUCACAUUGUAGGAUUUUUAAUGAUUUUAUUUGCAAAUGAUGGUGGAAAAUAAGUAUUUGGUCACCUAGAAACAAGCAAGAUUUCUGGCUCUCACAGACCUGUAACUUCUUCUUUAAGAUGCUCCUCUGUCCUCCACUCGUUACCUGUAUUAAUGGCACCUGUUUGAACUUGUUAUCAGUAUAAAAGACACCUGUCCACAACCUCAAACAGUCACACUCCAAACUCCACUAUGGCCAAGACCAAAGAGCUGUCAAAGGACACCAGAAACAAAAUUGUAGACCUGCACCAGGCUGGGAAGACUGAAUCUGCAAUAGGUAAGCAGCUUGGUUUGAAGAAAUCAACUGUGGGAGCAAUUAUUAGGAAAUGGAAGACAUACAAAACCACUGAUAAUCUCCCUCGAUCUGGGGCUCCACGCAAGAUCUCACCCCGUGGGGUCAAAAUGAUCACAAGAACGGUGAGCAAAAAUCCCAGAACCACACGGGGGACCUAGUGAAUGACCUGCAUAGAGCUGGGACCAAAGUAACAAAGCCUACCAUCAGUAACACACUACGCCGCCAGGGACUCAAAUCCUGCAGUGCCAGACGUGUCCCCCUGCUUAAGCCAGUACAUGUCCAGGCCCGUCUGAAGUUUGCUAGAGUGCAUUUGGAUGAUCCAGAAGAGGAUUGGGAGAAUGUCAUAUGGUCAGAUGAAACCAAAAUAUAACUUUUUGGUAACAACUCAACUCGUCGUGUUUGGAGGACAAAGAAUGCUGAGUUGCAUCCAAAGAACACCAUACCUACUGUGAAGCAUGGGGUUGGAAACAUCAUGCUUUGGGGCUGUUUUUCUGCAAAGGGACCAGGACGACUGAUCCGUGUAAAGGAAAGAAUGAAUGGGGCCAUGUAUCGUGAGAUUGAGUGAAAACCUCCUUCCAUCAGCAAGGGCAUUGAAGAUGAAACGUGGCUGGGACUUUCAGCAUGACAAUGAUCCCAAACACACCGCCCGGGCAACGAAGGAGUGGCUUCGUAAGAAGCAUUUCAAGGUCCUGGAGUGGCCUAGACAGUCUCCAGAUCUCAACCCCAUAGAAAAUCUUUGGAGGGAGUUGAAAGUCUGUGUUGCCCAGCGACAGCCCCAAAACAUCACUGCUCUAGAGGAGAUCUGCAUGGAGGAAUGGGCCAAAAUACCAGCAACAGUGUGUGAAAACCUUGUGAAGACUUACAGAAAACGUUUGACCUGUGUCAUUGCCAACAAAGUAUUGAGAAACUUUUGUUAUUGACCAAUUACUUAUUUUCCACCAUAAUUUGCAAAUAAAUUCAUUAAAAAUCCUACAAUGUGAUUUUCUGGAUUUUUUUUUCUUAUUUUGUCUGUCAUAGUUGACGUGUACCUAUGAUGAAAAUUACAGGCCUCUCUCAUCUUUUUAAGUGGGAGAACUUGCACAAUUGGUGGCUGACUAAAUACUUUUUUCCCCCCACUGUAUAUAUGCCAUAUAUGAGAACAAACACUUGAUGAAGACCUACAAUGUUCUCUGUAGGUUUUGUGUUCAUUCAGAGUGAUCUGAGUAUUCACUCUGCGCUCAUCUUAUUUCCCCAGGUGUGUUGGUUCACCAUGUCUCCACAGAAAUGUAUUCAAAGAAGUCUUUAUUUUAUAUAGCUUAUUCUUAAUUUUCUCUCUCCUUCUCCCACUCUCUUUUCACUCUCUCCCUCCCUCUCUCUCUUCUUUUAAUGAUGGAACUAUUGGGCCAAUAAAGGUAUUAUUUUUUAAAUAAAACAAUAUCUCUCUUAGAAAUGGCAGGACAUCAUAAAAGAGGUGAAGUUUCUCCAGAAGAUUCAACAUCCCAACAGCAUAGAGUACAAGGGCUGCUACCUACGAGAACACACAGCAUGGGUAAGACACACACACACACACACACACACACACACACACACACACACACACACACACACACACACACACACACACACACACACACACACACACACAGUGGAGUAUAUGGAGGGCUGCUACCUAUGAAACACAGAAAAACACACCCUCCCACACAUUUUGAGGUUAAAAAUCACGUUGAGGUGUUUCAGUAACCUUACAUACAGGUGUAUAUCCAUUGACCUGUUUUCUUCCUGUGUGUGUUCUCUGUGUGGUUCUAGCUGGUGAUGGAGUACUGUCUGGGCUCAGCCUCUGAUGUUCUAGAAGGUAAAACAUUCUACAAACAAUAACUUCUAUUUGUGUUGUACUACAUUCUAGAAACAUUAACCCUUCUAUUUGGGGUUGUACUACGUCAAGUCGUCAACUUAGACUGUGUUUGACACUGUGUUUUACUUGUGAAAUAAUUCUUAACAAAUGUUUUCUAAAAUAUUCUCUCUCACUCAUCUUGUAGUUCAUAAAAAUCCCCUUCAGGAAAUGGAGAUCGCUGCCAUUACCCACGGUGCUUUGCAGGGGUUGGCCUACCUUCACUCCCACAACAUGAUUCACAGGUGAGUGUUUACCAGACAGUUAGAGGAUAACACAGAAACACGCUGAUAAGAUUACACCUACUGAACAAGAUUAGCAUGUGGUCCAAAGUACUGUUUUGAAAUCUCUCUCCUUCCCUUCCCCCACCUCUCUUCCUCCCUCUCUCCGUCCCUCCCCCCAGAGACAUCAAGGCUGGUAACAUACUCCUGACGGAGCCAGGGCAGGUCAAGCUAGCUGACUUUGGCUCCGCCUCCAUCGCCUCACCAGCCAACUCCUUUGUGGGGACGCCAUAUUGGUGAGGGACAGCAGAGACCGACAGUCAGUGGGGGGACAAGCUUUGCGACUGGCCGACAACUUUCAUGUCUUUACACCAGCUAAACGUACCUGUUAUGAACACCAUAUUGUGAGGACACCAACGACAGUUCAGUGGACGCUUUGACCAGCCAACUUCUUUUCUCUCAUCCUCUCUAUCCUUCGGCAGGGAAGGAAGUAUGCUUAUCUCAUAACUCACCUCAUCUUGUUGCUAAAGUGUCAGUCAUGGGAAGAGCCUCUCUCUCCUCGAACUUCUACUCUUCUCAAACUCUCUUCUAACUCUACUCGUCUCAUCAAUGCCAGCUCUCUGGCUCUCUGCUCUCUAAGCUGACUCUAGACUCUCUCUCGCUCUCUCUCGUUCUCCUCUCUAUCUCUCUCUUCUCUCUCUCUCUCUAUCCUCUCACUCCUCCUCUCUCUCUCUCCGCCCCCCCCCCUCCUCCCCUCCCCACCACCCCCACCCCCCUCUCCAGGAUGGCCCCAGAGGUGAUCUUGGCCAUGGACGAGGGCCAGUAUGACGGGAAGGUGGACGUCUGGUCCCUGGGGAUCACCUGUGUAGAACUAGGUAGGUAGGUAGGUGUGUGUGUGGGUGGUUUUCGAUUGUUUAUAUGUGCAACAUACUGUGUGUGUGUAAACACUAUCUGUGUAUGUGACACUGCAUAGUGUGUGUGACUAAUGUGUGUGUGUGUAACUCUUCUGUCUUGUGUGCAGCGGAGAGGAAGCCUCCUCUGUUUAAUAUGAACGCCAUGAGUGCCUUAUACCAUAUAGCGCAGAAUGAGAGCCCUACACUGCAGUCCAGCGACUGGUGAGUGUGUUAUAUAUAUACACACACACACACACUAGAGUUUCCAUUAGCCGUAAAAAAAAGUUUUGAAACGCAGAUAAAUGUAAUUGGUACCGGCCGAUUGUCCGGGAGAAAAAAAAAAAAGAAUCCCAUUGCGAAAUAAUGCUUUUUAUAAUUACUAUUUUAUUUUUAUCAUUGUUGGAAUACCAGUUGAUGUAAAUAUAUUUGACCGGUCAUGGUCUAUGGGUUAAUUUGUAUAAUUUAGUGGAAUUAAAUUGGCGUGUGUGCAUAUUCGUUAUACAUCUUAUCACACGUGGAAAAUCUGUCAGACUGCGCUUUUAUAAACCCAGUCCUGUUUUUAAAAAUAGUUUUUGGGCCACGAUUAAAAAGAGCUACUCUUUUUAUUUCUCAACUGGUAAUUGAAACGCGCUUCCCAUUCGCCAUUCAAAUGUAUAGGUAACGGAAGGCAGGCUUCAUCAGUGCGUCACACACCACUUUGCAAUGAGCUGGAGGCAGUAUGGAUUUUGUAAACAUAGCUACUUAAUUGUUUGAAACCUGAACGUUUUACUACAUAUUAUGAGGCAUGUUUUACCCGGCUUCAAAGUAGCCUAGGCGGAAUCCGUGGAGGCAAUUAUUUUGAUAAAUACUUUUUAUGAAGACAUGCCAUUGAAACUAGUAGCCUAUUUCUCUUAUGUUCUAUUGGUUUUCAACUUUCUGUCAUUGUCUGGUAGCCAAAUGCACAUUCCCGUGUAGCCUAAUGACUUGUCCGCGUUGCUGCCCUUAUAAUGUGAAGAAAUAAUAGUUUAUCAGCAUUUUAAGCUAAACGUUCUGAUCUGUUGCAUCUGACUCGUUGCUUUUAAACCUUUUCUUUAUGUAGCCGAGGCCUAUUGGUUGGAUGAGUUUGGGAUCUAUCGUCCCACAACUGACCCAGAGUGUUUUAGAAUAGUUUUUCAUUCUCGAUAAGCUGACCAAUAGAAUAUGUACACUGUUCUACUAUGGGGGAUAGUAGAUUGACAGAGGCUCAUAGGCAGCGCGUCCAUAAGGCUAGGGGAAGCUUUCCCUAAGUAAAUUUGAAUUAAAUUGCCAAAAUGAUAUAGCCUAAUUAGCCUGCUGUCUAUACAGAAAUAAAUCAAAUCAUUCCAAAUAGGCUACUAAAGCAUGAUUUGGCCCCAGAGGAUCAUUAGCUUCCCCUGGCCUUAAAAAAUGGUGGAUAGUUUUAAAUCGCAUUGCCUACAGUCGGAAAGAAAGGUCGCACGCGAGGCAAAUACCCAAUAGAUGAUUGUUGAGUUGCGACUGUCAGUGAAAAGUAGAGAGGCCCUGCCAGGCAAAUCGCAAUAUUUCUAAAUUAAAUCGUGGGAAAACAUAGUUUGGAAAGCAAAUGGCUAUUGUUUUAAAGCAAAGACAAUGAAAAUACUAUAAUCUGUCUUAUAGUUAUCAAAAUUCUUAACUUAAUUGAGCGAACAAUAGUAGGCUAUAGUCUAGCUUAUUGGCACCAGCGGAGAGCAUUGGCCAUAUCCCUGGUGAGCGCGCACUGUGCAUAUUCACUCUUUAUCAUUGUUGGGUCAGUGCCACUUAAGUUUGUUUUUGGACAAUAGUUUUCUCCUCCUAUUGGGAUGGACGUCAUAUUCUAUGUGUCUCCCCUUCUCUUAGGCCUAUUAAAUGGACAACCUCGUUUUUAUUGAUCUGUUUGUCAGUGUCAGCAGAGUAGGCUACCCUGUAAUUUGUCAUAUUAAAAAAGAUUCUAAUGUCUCCAGUCAUAUAAAGUGUAGUAGAAUUGCAUGAAAUGUGUUUUUUUCCCGUGCAAAGAAAGAAGAAAUGUAUCUGAUAUAGCCUAUAGCCCAGAUCUCUAUGCUAUACACACCCAGCCAUGCUUUGAACUGUCUUUUUUGCAAACAGUGAUUGAGUUAUAUUAUUAGCCUAAAAUAUAUGACUAUCCAAUCUACUCAUAACAUUACUAAUAGUAGGCAUUAUUAUAAAGGUGCAUUUUAUGUUGAAAAGUUGCUUCCCUAAACUUGUCACCCGCCGCCUAUGCAUAGGUUAGUGAUUUUGCUGUUCGUUACUCGCCUUGUUGGCUGAGGAAAAGUAAAUGUGGACAGUUAUUCUAACAUCUUCAAAGUGUGCGGUAAGGACACGUCAUUGCAUCCUCGACUAGCGUGUUCUGUUAACAUUAAUGACCAUAAUCUAAAUGUGAUUUCUGUCAUUCUGAGCACCGUGGGUGGACGCCGUUGGUAAGGGUUAGGGUUAUCGUGGGUAAGGGUUAGGGUUAUCACGGUUAGGAUUAUUGUGGGUAAGGGUUAGGGUUAUCACGUUUAGGGUUAUCGUGGGUUAGGGUUAUCAUGGUUAGGAUUGUUGUGGGUAAGGGUUAGGGUUAUCAUGGGUUAGGGUUAUCACGGUUACGGUUACCGUGGGUAAGGGUUAGGGUUAUCACGGUUACCGUGGGUAAGGGUUAUCACGGUUAGGGUCAUUGUGGGUAAGUGUUAGGGUUAUCACGUUUAGGGUUAUCGUGGGUAAGGGUUAUCACAGUUUGGGUCAUUGUGGGUUAGGGUUAUCACGGUUAGGGCUAUCGUGGGUUAGGGUUAUCGUGGGUUAGGGUUAUCAUGGUUAGGGUUAUCGUGGGUUAGGGUUAUCACGGUUAUGGUUAUUGUGGGUAAGGGUUAAGGUUAUUGUGGGUAAGGGUUAUUGUGGGUAAGGGUUAUCGCGGGUAAGGGUUAUCGUGGGUAACGGUUAUCGUGGGUUAGGGUUAUCGUGGGUUAGGGUUAUCGUGUGUAAGGGUUAUCGUGUGUAAGGGUUAGGGUUAUCACUGUUAGGGUUAUCGUAGGUGAUGGAUUUUACUGUUACUUUAAUUUAAUUGUGACAAAAUGUUUUUUUUUUGUCUUGCCCUUUAUCCUUCCUUCCCUCCCUCCCUCCCUCCCUCCCUCCCUCCCUUCCUCUCUCUAUACAGGACGGAUUACUUUAGAAACUUUGUUGAUUCCUGCCUUCAGAAAAUCCCCCAAGAUAGACCCCAGUCUGACCAUCUACUGAACGUAAGAUUUGAGGUUUUAGGGUGUAUUCACACUCUCCUUGCCUUUGAAUGAGGACUCGACUCUUUUGCCAGUUCACUUCACCUAUUUUUGUGGACUGAGUCCUCAUUGCAUUCACAUCGCUAUGUUUAGAAAGGAACCAAGAUCUUUUUCCAACAUUCACUCAAUGGACUCUGGGUUUUACAAAGUGCAGGACAAGCCAUUCAAUCAGAAUGUGUUUUCAGACACCUACUUACAUUUUGGAAGCUUAUAGAUUGCAUUUAGUUAAAAUAUGAGACAAAAUAAAUGUAAUCAGAACAUACUAUUAACAUAUAAAUAUUAUUGGUAACAGAAUAAAUAGCAAUAGAAUAACUGCAGAUUAAAUAAUGCUGUAAUUGAAAAUUGUCCACCCAAUGUAGGCUACUGCCCCUUUAAGAGCUAGAAUAGAUUUUCUACCCUAUGUUGUGAUUCUCACCAAAUAUGUUGUCUUUUCACUAUUCAAACCACACAAUGGAAUAAACCGCUUAUGAAGCUCCCAGCCUAUAGGUCACAUAUUGCAAACAAAUAAUCGGAACUAAAAACUCCACACACAUUUUGGAAUUUCUGUGCGUCCUUGACAAUCGCUAAUCAAUAUCCAAAAACGGAACAAAUGUUUUUUCCGCAAACCUGCACAUCAUCUUCUCUCUUUUGUGGCACCAAUGUGAGGGUUUAUGGCAGGGGAAACAGUGUUGCAGUAGUCUAGUGUGUGGGUUUAUGGCAGGGGAAACAUGUUGGCCAGUAGUCUAGUGGUGAGGGGUUAUGGCAGGGGAAACAGUGUUUGCAGUAGUCCUAGUGUGAGGGGUUAUGGCAGGGGAAAACAGUGUUGCAGUAGUCUAGUGGUGAGGUGGUUAUGGCAGUUAAGUCCUAGUGUGGAGGGGUUUAUUAUGGCAGUAGUCCUAGUGGGUGAGGGUUUAAUGGCCGGUGAAAACAGUGUGGCAGUAGUCUAAGUGUGAGGGGUUAUGUCAGGGGAAACAGUGUUGCAGUAGGGUCUCGUGUGAGGGGUUCAUGGCAGUAGUCCCUAAUGGUGAGGGAUUAUGGCAGGGGAAACAUGUCUGUGCAGUGGUCUAGUGUGAGGUGGGUUAUGUCAGGGGGAAACAGUGUUGCAGUAGUCUAGUGUUAGGGGGUUUAUGGAGUAGUCUAGGUGUGAGGGGUUUAUGGGCAGUAGUCCUAGUGUGAGGGGUUUAUGGCAGUGGAAACAGUGUUGGCAGUAGUCUAGUGUGAGGGGUUAUGGGCAGGGGAAACAGUGUUUGCAGUAGAGUCUCCGUGUGAGGGAGUAUGGCAGGGGAAAAGUGUUGCCAGUAGUCUAGUGUGAGGGGUUAUGGCAGGGGAAACAGUGUUUGCAGUAGUCUAGUGUGAGGGUUAUGGCAAAAUCUAGUGUAGGUUUAUGGGGAAGUUUUGCGUAGUCUAUGUGAGGUUAUGGCAGGGAAACAGUGUUGCAGUAGUCUGUGUGAGGGUUAAUGGCAGGGAAACAUUGUUGCAGUAGCCCUAUGUGAGGGUUAUGGCAUACCCUAGUGUGAAGGGUUUAAUGGCAGGAAACAUUGUUGCAGUAGUCUAGUGUGAGGGGUUAUGGCAGGGAAACAGGUGCAGAGUCUAUGUGAGGGGUUAUGGGCAGAUUAGUGUUGAGAGGUUAUGGCAGGGGACGUGUUGCGUAGUCUAGGGGUGAGGGUUAUGGCAGGGAAACAGUGUUGCAGUAGUCUAGUGUGAGGGGUUUAUGCAGGGGAAACAGUGUUCAGUAGUCUAGUGUAGGGGUUUAUGGCAGGGGAAACAGUGUUGCAGUAGUCUAGUGUAGGGUUUAUGGCAGGGGAAACGUGUUGCAGUAGUCUAGUGUGAGGGGUUAUGUCAGGGAAACAGUGUUGCAUUAGUCUAGUUGUGAGGGGUUUAUGGCAGGGGAAACAGUGUUGCAGUAUCUAGUGUGAGGGGAUUAUGGCAGGGGAAACAGUGUUGCAGUAGUCUAUGUGAGGGGGUAUAUGGCAGGGGAAACAGUGUUGCAGUAGUCUAGUGUGAGGGGGUUUAUGGCAGGGAACAAGUGGUUGGCAGGUAGUCUAGUGUGAGGGGAUUAUGCAGGGAAACAGUGUUGCAGUAGUCUAGUGUGAGGGGUUAUGGCAUGUUAGUCCUAGUGUUGAGGGGGUUAUGGCAGGGGGAAAUAGUGUUGCAGUAGUCUAGUGUGAGGGUUUAUGGCAGGGGAAACAGUGUUGCAGUAGUCUAGUGUGAGGGGUUUUAUGGCAGGGGAAACAGUGUUGCAGUAGUCUAGUGUGAGGGUUUAUGGCAGGGGAAACAGUGUUGCAGUAGUCUAGUGUGAGGGUUUAUGGCAGGGGAAACAGUGUUGCAGUAGUCUAGUGUGAGGGGUUUAUGGCAGGGGAAACAGUGUUGCAGUAGUCUAGUGUGAGGGUUUAUGGCAGGGGAAACGUGUUGGCAGUAGUCUAGUGUAGGGUUAUGGCAGGGGAAACGGUGUUGCUAGUCUAGUGUGAGGGGUUUAUGGCAGGGGAAAAUGUUGCAGUAGUCUAGUGUGAGGGUUUAUUGGCAGGGUAAACAGUGUUGCAGUAGUCUAUGUGAGGGUUAUGGCAGGGGAAACGGGUGUUGCGUAGUCUAGUGUGGGGGUUUAUGGCAGGGGAAACAGUGUUGCAGUAGUCAGUGUGAGGGGUUAUGGCAGAAACGUUCAUAGUCUAGUGUGAGGUUUAUGGCAGGGAAACGGUGUUGCAGUAGUCUAAGUGUGAGGGGUUUAUGGCAGGGAAACAGUGUUGCAGUAGUCUAGUGUGAGGGGUUUAUGGCAGGGGAAACAGUGUUUGCAGUAGUCUAGUGUGAGGGGUAUAAUGGUCAGGGGAAACAGGUUUGCAGUAGUCUAGUGUGAGGGGUUUAUGGCAGGGGAAACAGUUUUGCAGUAGUCUAGUGUGAGGAGUUUAUGGCAGGGGAAACAGUGUUUGCAGUAGUCUAGUGGGAGGGGUUAUGGCAGGGGAAACAGUGUUGGCAGUAGUCUAGUUUGAGGGGUUUAUGGCAGGGGAAAACAGUGUUUGCAGUAGUCGAGUGUGAGGGGUUAUGGCAGUAGUCUAGUGUUGAGGGGUUUAUGGGCAGUAGUCCUAGUGUGAGGGUUAUGGCAGGGGAAACAGUGUUGCAGUAGUUCCUAGUGUGAGGGGUUUAUGGCAGGGGAAACAGUGUUGCAGUAGUCUAGUGUGAGGGGUUAUGGCAGGGGAAACAGUGUUGCAAGUAAGUCUAGUGUGAGGGGUUAUGGCAGGGGAAACAGUUGUUGCAGUAGUCUAGUGUGAGGGGUUAUGGCAGUAGUCUAGUGUGAGGGUUUAUGGCAGGGGAAACAGUGUUGCAGUAGUUCUAGUGUGGAGGGGUUUAUGGCAGGGGAAACAGUGUUUGCAGUAGUCUAGUGGUGAGGGGUUAUGGCAGGGGAAACAGUGUUUGCAGUAGUCUAGUGUGAGGGGUUAUGGCAGUAGUCUAGUUGAGGGGUUAUGGCAGUAAGUCUAGUGUGAGGGGUUAUGGCAGGGGAAACAGUGUUGCAGUAAGUCUAGUGUGAGGGUUAUGGCAGGGGAAACAGUGUUGCAGUAGUCUAGUUUGAGGGGUUUAUGGCAGGGAAAUAGUGUUGCAGUAGUCUAGUGUGAGGGGAUAUGUCAGGGGAAACAGUGUUGCAGUAGUCUAGUGUGAGGGGUUUAUGGCAGGGGAAACAGUGUUGCAGUAGUCUAGUGUUAGGGUUUAUGGGCAGGGGAAACAGUGUUGCAGUAGUCUAGUGUGAGGGGUUUAUGGCAGGGGAAACAGUGUUGCAGUAGUCUAGUGUGAGGGGUUAUGGCAGGGGAACAGUGUUUGCAGUAGUCUAGUGUGAGGGGUUAUGGCAGGGGAAACAGUGUUGCAGUAGUCUAGUGUGAGGGGUUAUGGCAGGGGAAACAGUGUUGCAGUAGUCUAGUGUGAGGGGUUUAUGGCAGGGGAAACAGUGUUGCAGUAGUCUAGUGUGAGGGGUUUAUGGCAGGGGAAAACAGUGUUUGCAGUAGUCUAGUGUGAGGGGUUUAUGGCAGGGAAACAGUGUUGCAGUAGUCUAGUGUGAGGGGUUAUGGCAGUAGUCUAGUGUGAGGGUUUAUGGCAGGGGAAACAGUGUUGCAGUAGUCUAGUGUGAGGGGUUAUGGCAGGGGAAACAGUGUUGCAGUAGUCUAGUGUGAGGGGUUAUGGCAGGGGAAACAGUGUUGCAGUAGUCUAGUGUGAGGGUUUAUGGCAGGGAAACAGUGUUUGCAGUAGUCUAGUGUGAGGGUUUAUGGCAGGGGAAAACAGUGUUGCAGUAGUCUAGUGUGAGGGGUUUAUGGCAAGGGGAAACAGUGUUUGCAGUAGUCUAGUGUGGAGGGGUUUAUGGCAGGGGAAACCAGUGUUGCAGUAGUCUAGUGUGAGGGUUUAAUGGCAGUAGUCUAGUGGUGAGGGGUUUAUGGCAUGGGGAAACAGUGUUGCAGUAGUCUAGUGGUGAGGGGUUUAUGGCAGUAUCUAGUGUGAGGGGUUUUAUGGCAGUGGGAAACAGUGUGCCAGUAGUCUAGUGUGAGGGGUUAUGGCAGGGGAAACAGUGUUGCAGUAGUCUAGUGUGAGGGGUUUAUGGCAGGGGAACAGUGUUGCAGUAGUCUAGUGUGAGGGGUUAUGGCAUAGUCUAGUGGUGAGGGGUUAUGGCAGUAGUCUAGUGUGAGGGUUUAUGGCAGGGGAAACAGUGUUGCAGUAGUCUAGUGUGAGGGGUUUAUGGCAGGGGAAACGUGUUGCAGUAGUCUAUGUGAGGGGUUAUGGCAGGGGAAACAGUGUUGCAGUAGUCUAGUGUGAGGGGUUAUGGCAGUAGUCUAGUGUGAGGGUUUAAUGGCGAGGGGAAAACAGUGUUGUCAGUAGUCCUGUGUGAGGGGUUUAUGGCAGGGGAAACAGUGUUUGCAGUAGUCCUAGUGUGAGGGAUUAUGGCAGGGGAAACAGUGUUGCAGUAGUCUAGUGUGAGGGUUUAUGGCAGGGGAAAACAGUGUUGCAGUAGUCUAGUGGUGAGGGGUUAUGGCAGGGGAAACAGUGUUGCAGUAGUCUAGUUUGAGGGGUUUUAUGGCAGGGGGGAGAAAUACCGUGUUGCAGUAGUCUAGUGUGAGGGGUUUGUUCAGGGGAAACAGUGUUGCAGUAGUCUAGUGUGAGGGUUUAUGGCAGGGGGAAAACAGUGUUGCAGUAAGUCUAGUGUGAGGGGUUAUGGGCAGGGAAACAGUGUUGCAGUAGUCUAGUGUGUGGGGUUUAUGGCAGGGGGAAACAGGGUUGCAGUAGUCUAGUGUGAGGGGGAUUAUGGCAGGGGAAACAGUGUUGCAGUAGUCUAGUGUGAGGGGUUAUGGCAGGGGAAACAGUGUUGCAGUAGUCUAGUGUGAGGGUUUAUGGCAGGGGAAACAGUGUUGCAGUAGUCUAGUGUGAGAUAUGGGAAUAAUGACAAGCGAACCUGGGGAGCUUUGUGUUCACAUUGCCCUAAAAAAGUGAACCGGACCGCGGAAUUCAAGUGAACCGACCUCAGACCACCACCUCUCGAGAUCUCAGUUCGGUUCGCUUCGGGGGCUCUUUUGAGAGGUCUCCGUUCCAUUGGAGGGUUCACACUGCACACAAAAAUAAGCCAACUGUACUAAAAUUGGCUGAAAGGCACCAAGUGUGAAAACACCCUAAGAAUAAUGCUACGUAAAUCCCAACUGGUAAACUAUGUAGGCCUAAAUUAAUAUAUUCACUUUACCCUCUCCUUCCUCCCCCUCCUCCCUCUCCUUCCUCCCUCUCCUUCCUCCUCCCUCUCCUUCCUCCCCCUCCUUCCUCCCCCUCCUCCCUCUCCUUCCUCCCCCUCCUCCCUCUCCUUCCUCCCCCUCCUUCCUCCCCCUCCUCCCUCUCCUUCCUCCCCCUCCUUCCUCCCCCUCCUCAGCAUGCGUUUGUCCAGCGAGAGCGUCCAGACUCUGUUCUGAUGGAUCUGAUCCUGAGGACCAAGGAGGCGGUCAGAGAGCUGGACAACCUGCAGUACCGUAAGAUGAAGAAGAUCCUAUUCCAGGAGGCUCACAACGGACCACAGGCUGAGACACAGGACGGAGACGAGGUGUGUGUGUGUGUGUGUGUGUGUGAUGGGAAGAGGAGAUGUGUGUGUGUGUGUGUGUGGGGUAGUUUGCAUACAAUCUUCAGUUCCAAUCAGAGCAGAGGUAACAGCCAGGGGAUGAAGCUGGACAUACUAUCUGACCACUCUCUGUUUUUCUAUGUGUGUGUCUACAUCCGUCUCUGUUUGUCUCCCUGUGAAUGUAUGAGUCUCUGUCUGUCCGUCUGUGUGUGUCUCUCGCUCUCUCUCUGUCUGUCGGUCUGUCUUUGUCUGUCCGUCUGUGUGUCUCUCUCUCUGUCUGGGUGUCUCUCUCUCUCUCUCUCUCUCUCCCUCUCUCUCUCUCUCUCUCUCUCUCUGUCUGGGUGUCUCUCUCUCUCUCUCUGUCUGGGUGUCUCUCUCUCUCUCUGUCUGGGUGUCUCUCUCUCUCCGUCUGGGUGUCUCUCUCUCUGUCUGGGUGUCUCUCUCUCUCUGUCUGGGUGUCUCUCUCUCGCUGUCUGGGUGUCUCUGUCUCUUUUCUAUUUUCUCUCUCUCUGUCUCUGUGUGUCUCUCUCUCUGUCUCUCUCUGUCUAGGAGGUGGAGCACGGUGCCGGUCCUACAGACAGUGUGAACAGUGUGGGCAGUAACCAGUCCAUCCCCAGUAUGUCUAUCAGCUCCCAGAGCAGCUCAGUCAACAGUCUGAACGAAGCAGCACAGGACAACCGCAGUGAACUGGACCUGAUGAAGGGAGACCACACGGUCAUGUCCAACAGCUCUGUCAUACACCUCAAACCGGUGGGUCUACUUCACACACUGAAGUGAUGAUGCCCGAGUGUGCCAAAAUAUCCUCUAAACACCGGCUUCGAGGGCAUUAUCACUUUUAUACAAUGGGAUACCAACAUAUUCAUAUAAUGAUUGACAUAUUUUCAUAAAACUUUAUUUUGAUACAUUUAUUCAUACUAUUUCAUCCUUCCACGAGAUAUAGUCUCGGCACAAAUCUCGGGUUGCUCCCCAAGCCGGCUGGUGAUUUGUUCGGUUGCCGGAGACGCGACCUAGUCGUUCAGUCUUUUUAUUCUUUAUCUGUGGACGUUAGUUCUAAAUGUUCCAUUAUCAUACUAGUUGGCAAAGUUUUUAUCUCUUGCUAGCUAGCUAGCCAACUACGGCUAACUUACAGUCAGGUCAAACAGUGCAGCCAGAAUAACAACAGUAGCUGCAUUUGUUUAAGCUGCAUUUGUUUAAGCUGUUUUUACAUUUACAUUUACGUCAUUUAGCAGACGCUCUUAUCCAGAGCCACUUACAAAUUGGUGCAUUCACCUUAUAGCCAGUGGGAUAACCACUUUACAAUAUGUUUUUUUUUUUUGGGGUGGGGUAAGGGGGGGUAGAAGGAUUACUUUAUCCUAUCCCAGGUAUUCCUUAAAGAGGUGGGGUUUCAAGUGUCUCCGGAAGGUGGUGAGUGACUCCG